AUGCGGCGUUCAAGCGCUCCCCGUAAACCUCAACGCUUCCCGUCCGGACGGAAUCCUCUCACUCCGCCACCUGUAGCAUUUAAUUUCACCACAAGCGGGUUACGUAACGCGAUCGAUUGCACCCGAACGCGGCUGGCGCGGUCACGUCCGCGGCUCACGUGUCGCAGCGUUUGUCCGAGCGGCAGUGAACGCAGCACCGUUGGGAACGAGCCGUCUCACAUUCGCUGCCCCGUGAGUGGCGGAGGAGGGGGCUUGAGCAGCGGCAGAGAGGACCAAUCACAUGCGGGCUACGAGUUUAAGCACCGCCCCCUAUCCAUCCCUCCUGCUAGCUGUGGAGGACUCGACCGAACAUUUCUUCGUCUUCCCGGCGAAAGGGACGCGGCGACGGGGCCCAAAACGAAGCGGCGUUUACGGCGGAUUGUGUCCACUUAUGACGCGUUCCACGGACACGUGAGGUCCAUGUUGGGUCGAGGCGUAAAGCGGAAGUGGAGCUGCACGGAGGAGCUGGCGGCCGCAGAGGAGAAGGCGAGCGUCCCCCGGGAAGCCAGCCGCCUGCAGCAGCGCCAGCGGGUGCUGGGCCUGUGUUUGGAGAAGCUGCAGCGCUACCAAGCCGGGAUGGAGCUCAGCCUGCGGCGCUCUGUGCUGCUGGUCAACACGCUGCGGCAGAUCCACGACGACAUGCGCAGCGACGCGGCGGAGGGCGCCGUCCGUCCCGACUCGCCGCUUCUGCGGGACGCCCUCAGUGUGGAAAUGUCCCUCACGUGCCCCGGGUGCGCGGAGGGCGGCCAGGAGAGCCCGUUCUCGGCGCCGUCCCCCGAACUCUCUUCCCAGGAGAUGAGCAUGGGGGCGGAGCUAAAGCCUCCUAUCAGCGCGUUCAGCGACGCGGUGAACAGCAUGGGCUACCUCGGCGACCUCGCCCUGGACGAUAUCUUCGAGGACAUCGACACGUCCAUGUACGAGACCUCGGAUCUGUGGACGGCGGGCUCGCUCUGGCCCGUCAGCGUGUCCCUGUGGGCGGACCAGGACGCCAGGAUGCGCCCCGACGGCCACGCCUUGCCCGGGAGCCUCCAAUCGCGUCUGAUGGACCUGAACGAGCUGGACCACAUCAUGGAGAUCCUGGUCAAGUCCUGAUCCAGGAGAAGGAUUGUUGCAGAUCCACAAUCAAAAGGAAGAACAAAGUCAGGUGACAGUUUUCUGGGUUCACGAGGAAACCCGGGCCGUCAGACUUGACUUGAAGGCAGCGCCGGUGCCAGCAACCAAUCAGGAGGACUUUGUCGGCACCACAUGUGUGAAAUAGUCACCAUUCUCCUAAUUCCAUCAUCUAGGACUACCAUAUCAUUUAGGGCCUGCACAAACUCCUUUGUGUUGAGCGUCAUGAAGAAUUUGGAUCCUUAAGAGAUGUGACAUCAUCGAUACGGGUGUCCCCGUCCCAUAUUUAAAGAUCCGAUAUCAGCCAGGAACUAAAAUUUAUGAUGGUACAGUGCAUCCGGGAAGUAUUCACAGCGCUUCAGUUUUUUCUAAGUUACAGCAUUAAUCCGAAAUUGAAUAAAUUAAAUUUUUUCCUCAAAAUUCUACACACAAAACCCCAUAUUGACAAUGUGAAAACAUUUGUUUUCCCUGUAUACUUAGCCUGUUUAUUAUUAAUAAAUUUGCAAACAUUUCCAAAAAAAAAAUUAGUUUUUCACAUUGUCAUUAUGGGCUAUUAUGUGUAGCAUUUUGAGGACAACAUUUUAUUUUUUCCAUUUUAGAAUAAGGCUUCAAAUUUGAAUUGGCAAAUUUAUCUGCUUGGAUGCAAAAAAAAAUUGUACAGUGCAUCCGGAAAGUAUUCACAUCGCUUCACUUUUUCCACAUUUUGUUAUGUUACAGCCUAAAAUGGAAUAAAUCAAUUUGUCCUCAAAAUUCUACACACAAUACCCCAUAUUGACAAUGUGAAAACAUUUGUUUUCCCUGUAUACUUAGCCUGUUUAUUUCGAAUACAUUUGCAAACAUUCCUAAAAAAAAUAAUUUUUUCACAUUGUCAUUAUGGGCUUUUAUGUGUAGAAUUUUGAGGACAAAAAUGAAUUUUUCCAUUUUAGAAUAAGGCUUUAAAUUUGGAUUGGCAAAUUUAUCUGCGUGGAUGCAGAAAAAAAACUGUACAGUGCAUCCGGAAAGUAUUCACACCUUUUCCACAUUUUGUUACGCAACAGCCUUAUUCUAAAAUGGAAUAAAUCCAUUUUGUCCUCAAAAUUCUACACACAGUACCAUAUAAUGACAAUGGGAAAAUGUUUUUUCCCAUUGUAUACUUAGCCUGUUUAUUUUUAAUAAAUCAGCAGAAAUUUCAACAAAAAAAAAAGUUUUUUCACAUUGUCAUUAUGUGCUAUUAUGUGUAGAGUUUUGAGGACAAAUAUACAUUUUUCCAUUUUAGAAUAAGGCUUCAAAUUGGCAAACUUAUCUGCUUGGACGCAAAAAAAAAACUGUACAGUGCAUCCAGAAAGUAUUUACUUUUUCCACAUUUUGUUAUGUUACAGCCUUAUUCCAAACUGGAAUAAAUCCAUGUUUGUCCUCAAAAUUCUACACACAAUACCACAUAAUGACAAUGUGAGAUUUUUUUAUUACACAUUUUUGCAAAUGUAUUAAAAGUUAAAAAAAACAAAAAAAGACGUGUACAUAAUUAUUCACAGGCUUUGCUCAAUACAUUGUUGAUGCACCAUUUUUUUAAAUUUUGUUUUUUAAUUUUGCAGAAGCACUUUUUUACAUUGCCAUUAUGGGGUAUUGUGUGUAGAAUUUUGAGGACAAAAAUGGAUUUAUCCCAUUUUGGAAUAAGGCUGUGACGUAACAAAAUGUGGAAAAGGUGAAGCUAAACUGUGAAUACUGUAAUUCGGCCUGCAUCCGAUACCAGCAGUCCUGCAUCUAAAUUACCUCACGAGAUUGGUGUAUUUUAGUCAAGGGGUUUACAAAAUGAAGCAGCUACGCAUACUGUAUGUAAUUAGUGUCCGUCAUAGAACAACAUUGCAGUCCAAAACAGCAAGUGUGUCAAUACAAACAAGAAUCAAGUCAUUCCAGUUGCAUAUAACUUCCACUUACAAAACCUCCAAGGCAGAAGGGCAUUAGAAAGCAUCCAGUAACGAACGUGUCCGCAUCUUUUAAUUUGCUGCGCCAUCAGCUUAACUUGAUAAAUUAUUGAAGCCACUAAAUUUUGCUCCACUUUAACCCAGAGACGGCAAAAAUCCAUUCCAGACAUUUAUGAAUACCAUAUUUUUUUGGAGUAUAAGUCGCUCCGGAGUAUAAGCCGCACCGGCCGAAAAUGUUUACACCAAAAAAUAGUGUAUUUUUUUUUACUUGGCGCUAUCUUAGAAGUACGCUUACUUGCCCUGUGUCAUAAUGUUAACGUUGUAUGCAUUCAUUUUUAGCUAAAUUUGUAUGAUUAAACCGAAAAAUAAAGAUAAACAAGAGUUUAUCUUUAGUUAAAACAACAAAACAAAUUCUGACCAGUGGUUCGCAAACUUUUUUCCACCAAGUACCACCUCAGAAAACACUUGGCUCUCCAAGUACCACCAUGAUGACCAAUGUAAAAAAAAACACGAAAAAAAACAGUAGCGUAGUAGGCCUAAGUAUUCAUUAAAAACAAAUCAGAGGUUUUAUUUACCCAGUCAAUGUAAUCGGUUUUGGCUACUGUAACAUUACCGUAUUUUUCGGAGUAUAAGUCGCACCGGCCGAAAAUGCAAAAUAAAGAAGGAAAAUAAACAUAUAUAAGUCACACUGGAGUAUAAGUCGCAUUUUUGGGGGAAAUUUAUUUGAUAAAAGCCAACACCAAGAAUAGACAUUUGAAAGGCAAUUUAAAAUAAAUAAAGAAUAGUGAACAACAGGCUGAAUAAGUGUACGUUAUAUGAGGCAUAAAUAACCAACUGAGAACGUGCCUGGUAUGUUAACGUAACAUAUUAUGGUAAGAGUCAUUCAAAUAACUAUAACAUAUAGAACAUGCUAUACGUUUACCAAACAAUCUGUCACUCCUAAUCGCUAAAUCCCAUGAAAUCUUAUACGUCUAGUCACUUACGUGAAUGAGCUAAAUAAUAUUAUUUGAUAUUUUACGCUAAUGUGUUAAUAAUUUCACACAUAAGUCACUCCGGAGUAUAAGUCGCAUCCAAACUAUGAAAAAAAACUGCGACUUAUAGUCCGAAAAAUACGGUACAUGAAAGUGUUAUUGUUGUUUGAUUCAUGUCACUUGGUCAAAGCUGGUCUAACAUUCCACACUACAAUACAUCAAAAGUAUGUAUGGUAUGUGCUGAUAUCGGAUCAAUAUCGGUAAUAGCCAAUACUAAAGACUCCAACGUCAAUACUGAACGUGUAUAAAUCCCACCGGCCGUGAACGCAGCAUAAAAACCUGUCUACUCUGCUGCUUGUGAGCGAUAAGUGAAGUAUUUUUACGAGCUUUUUAUGGCCGUCUUUUUUCUUUUCAGCGGUCUUACACGUGAAGCAUUUAGAGCAGAGGCGUCCAAAGUGCGGCCCGGCACGUUUUUAAAAACAUUUUUUAUUGACCCUCCUGUGUAUAUUGUAGUAAUCAAAUGAAUUGAUUAUAGAUGAUAUAUUAGGUAUGACAGGCGUUUGUUUUUGUAACGCAAUGUUUUGUUCAGAUACCUUCUCAAACUUUUUCUCACAGAAAACACUUGGCUCUCCAAGUACCACCACGUUAAAAUACAGUAGCAAAAGUUUCAGGCUCGCGUAGAGACUUGAUGCCCCAGCGCAUCCAAGGUGAUCCAAACAAUGCAAUAUUUUUGGCCACUGUAACAUUACACAGUUUGAUCAGUAACACUGUGUUUGCAUAUUUAUUAGAUGGUGCCCAUAGCAUACACUACCGUUCAUUUCUAAGAACAAGAAUAGACUGUCGAGUUUCAGAUGAAAGUUCUCUUUUUCUGGCCAUUUUGAGCGUUUAAUUGACCCCACAAAUGUGAUGCUCCAGAAACUCAAAUUGCUCAAAGGAAGGUCAGUUUUGUAGCUUCUGUAACGAGCUAAACUGUCUUCAGAUGUGUGAACAUGAUUGCACAAGGGUUUUCUAAUCAUCAAUUAGCCUUCUGAGCCCAUGAGCAAACACAUUGUACCAUUAGAACACUGGAGUGAUAGUUGCUGGGAAUGGGCCUCUAUACACCUAUGUAGAUAUUGCACCAAAAACCAGACAUUUGAGGCUAGAAUAGUCAUUUACCACAUUAGCAAUGUAUAGAGUGUAUUUCUUUCAAGUUAAGACUAGUUUAAAGUUAUCUUCAUUGAAAAGUACAGUGCUUUUCCUUCAAAAACAAGGACAUUUCAAUGUGACCCCAAACUUUUGAACGGUAGUGUAUAUUUUUGAUUUUUUUUUCACAACAUUUGAACACCUGUGGGUCAGGUUGUUCCUGUACCGUCCUUCUACCUCCCGGCUGACACUCCUGGAUUUGCCUCGCACUUUCCCUCCGAGGCCAAAUCUCCCCGCUCUCAUGUGGACAACGUGCCUUACUUGUGAGCGCCGCCGCCGCCGACCCCAGCACGCGUCCCGCCUCGCCGCCCCUCCUCCACAGGAGCUUCAUGUUUCCUGACAGGCGGGGGAUGAGCGGUGGGGGGGCGUCACUUGUUGAGUGGGAGGAGUCCAAGACCGCCGGCCAAUCACACGAGACGUCUCUUGUUUUGUUGUUGUGGAAGCCUCUCAGACAAAAACAACAAAACAAUGUCUUGUUAUUAUUUAAUAGAAUCUGCUGCAGUGUUAUUUAUAAAUGUGUGUGUGAGGGUUAUUAAGCACAAGUUGUAUGUUGAAUAUUCUGUAUAUUUAAAUGGAACAAGAAGAAUGCAUUUGUAUCU